AUGACUUACAGAAUUAAAGAAGGCCAUUUUGGAAGUUCCUUUGAAAGUAUUGGGUCCAACCAUCAUCGACCGCCACCACUGGUAACUGUUGCACCUGAACCUGAUGAAAUAUUCAAAGAUCUCCUCAAAAGCAAAAAACACGGUCAAUUUCUUGAAACGUACAUAAAAAAUAAUGAUCCAUUGCUGUUAUUCGAUUCACCAAUAACACUUAAAACACCUGUACCUGCCACUUCAAGAACGUCUGGAUGUGGAAAACGAGGACUUGUUAUGAAUUACUAUGCGAGAACUGGGGGCUUUAUUUUGUUGCAACAAGAAAAGGAAAUGGAGAUCAAACCAGCAACAGGUCCUGGGAUUAUUGAUUAUAAAAAUGCAUCGACUGUCUUUCAAGAAGAUCAUCUACGAUUUUUUUAUGCGCUUAAAAAUAUAACUAAGAGAAACAAAGUAGAUGAAGAGGGGGAAGAUAGUAAACCAGGAAAAAAGCGCGAGUGUUAA